CCAGCUCCAUUCCUGGAUGCAAGUGGGAAGGCAGGGACUAGAUUUCUGCUUUCUCCCACUGGAGCCAGGACUUCUAUCUCAAAGAGAACCUCGAGCCCCUUUUGAGGAACGCACUGCUGAGACGUGGGAUGAAAAAUCAGUUAGACCACCACUGCUUAGUUCAGCAUUCCUGCUAUUUCUGCCUAACACACCUGCCUCCAGCAAACCAUGCCCUCCAUUCUCAGAGAUAUUUCGAUACCACUGGUGGUGCUAUGUUUUGUGGGUGCCAGUAUUACAAUCAGUAUUUUAAUUACAUACUCAUUGGAUUGGAGAGUAUGGCAAUACGACAACCCCAAUAUAACGACAAUAUGGUUGGGACUUUCCAAAUAUUGCUAUUUACCCAAAGACCCGGCCAAGCUUUCACGAAUCCUAGAAAAAGUCUGCAUAAAAAUGAAUGCUACAUUGGAAUUCCCAUGGGAAAUUACUCUUAGCCAGGACUGGAUGUCAUUGGCCACCGUAAUGCAAGGAGCAGCACUUCUUUUCACUUUUUUUGGAAUACUAACUGUUUUGAAGAAAGAAGUUCAUGCACCAUUCUACCCCUGGUUUCAAGUGGCCGGAAUCUGCCUUAUGCUUGGUUCCAUCAUUGUUUUAGGAACAGUAUCCUGGAAUUUUUAUCUUGACUCAGUGAACCAUCCUUUCAACUACCCGACCAAUUUCCUUCUGCUGGACAUCCCAAUGCAUAGAAAUAUGGGUGCUGCCACUCCUUUGGGUAUAACAGCCUCCUUCUUGAUGUUACCAAAUGGGAUCAUGUUAUUAAUUCAUGGAUGUCGUUUGAGACCGGAUAGUCGAGUGCAUCCUUUGGAAUUUUGAAGAAGAGUUCAUUGCCAACUUCCACAAGAUGAAGGGCCUAUUAGGGUCCAAACAUUCAUGUUCUGACUUCAUUGAUUUCAGUGGCUUUAAGUAUUUGCACCAGAUGUAGGGUCUUCUGGCUGAGAUCUCACCAGCAUUAUUUACUUUGUAGAAAA